CUUUGAAUUGCCAGUAACGGGCAUGGCUCCGGCCCCUGGAGGCGGGGACGUGAAGUGAGGAGGGGGCAGGGAGGGGAGAGGACGCAGGCGAGGAAGACAGGCCCCCGGGCCCCGCAGUGUGAAGUGUACAGUGUAACAUGUGUUUUUGUUACAGUCAUCUAUGCUGUGAGAUUGACAGAAUCCCUGGGUUUGUACAUGUUGGGGAGGAACCUUCCUUUUGGGGGUGACCACAUUCAUCUGGGCAUGCCUACAGUACUCCAGACCCAUGGACCUGAUGGAGAAGCACACGUCCAGGGCUUCUUGGAGGAGAGCUGGAUGGAGCGAGUUGAAGGGCGAGCCACCCUUGGCCCUGGGCCUGUCCACCAGGAAGGCCCUCAGCAUCCUGAAGGAGCAGCUGGAGGCGGUCCUGGAAGGACACCUGAGAAAGCAGAAAAAACAUCUUACGUGGAAGGAGAUGUGGAGCAGCAGCUUCCUGCACCACGGUAACCGCUGCUCCUGCUUCCACUGGCCGGGGGCCUCGCUCAUGCUGCUGGCUGUGCUCCUGCUGUUGGGCUGCUCUGGGAGCCAGCCGGCCGGCAGCCACGGGGUGGAGCUGGUGAAUGCCUCGGCGCUGUUCCUCUUGCUCAUUCUCAACCUGGUCCUCAUUGGGCGGCAAGAUCAACUGAAGCGUCGGGAGGUAGAGCGGAGACUCCGAGGGAUCAUCGACCAAAUCCAAGAUGCCCUCAGGGAUGGCAAGGAGAUCAAGUGGUCAGAUGCCAUGUACCCAGACCUCCACAUGCCCUUUGCACCAUCCUGGUCACUGCACUGGGCCUACAGAGAUGGACGUCUGGUCAACCUGCCAGUUAGCCUGUUGGUAGAAGGAGAUAUCAUAGCUCUGAGGCCCGGCCAAGAAUCGUUCGCCUCUCUGAGGGGGAUUAAGGAUGAUGAACACAUUGUCUUGGAGCCUGGAGACCUGUUUCCCCCUUUCUCACCACCCCCCUCCCCCCGGGGAGAAGUGAAGAAAGGGCCACAGAACCCCCAGCAGCACCGGCUCUUCCGAGUCCUUGAGACCCCAGUGAUUGACAACAUCAGAUGGUGCCUGGACAUGGCCCUGUCCCGCCCAGUCACCGCCCUGGACAACGAGAGGUUCACGGUGCAAUGGGUGAUGCUGCAGUAUGCUGUGCCCGUGGUGCUGGCUGGCUUCCUCAUCACCAAUGCCCUGCGCUUUGUGCUGAAUGCACCCGGCGUCACGUCCUGGCAGUACACCCUCCUCCAGCUGCAGGUGAAUGGCGUCCUGCCCAUCCUGCCCCUGCUCUUUCCGGCCCUCUGGGUUCUGGCAACGGCCUGUGGAGAAGCCCGUGUCCUGGCCCAGAUGAGCAAGGCCUCCCCCAGCUCCCUGCUGGCCAAGUUCUCAGAGGACACACUCAGCAGCUAUACAGAAGCUGUCUCAACUCAGGAAAUGCUGCGCUGCAUUUGGGGCCACUUCUUGCGCGUGAUCCGGGGGACAUCGCCAACCCUGAGCCACAGCUCCAGCUUGCUGCACAGCCUGGGCUCAGUCACGGUUCUGUGCUGUGUGGACAAGCAGGGGAUCCUGUCAUGGCCAAACCCCAGCCCAGAGACCGUGCUGUUCUUCAGCGGGAAGGUGGAGCCCCCACACAGCAGCCACGAGGACCUAACAGAUGACCUGUCCGCCCACUCCUUCUGCCACCCGGAGGUAGAGGAGGAGCCCCAUGAACGGGACACCCUCCUGGCUGCCUCCCUGAACACUGCCCUGCACCUUCCCAGUGAGCAGGAGCAUGGUGACUGGCCUGGCGAUGGUCCCAAGCCCCCUGAACCCUACUCUCACCACAAAGCACACGGCCGUAGCAAACACCCCUCUGGCUCCAACGUGAGCUUCAGCAGGGACACAGAGGGCGGUGAAGAGCCCGGCAAGGUCUUGCCCAUGACCCAGCGUGGGCUUGACAGUGAGCCCUCCGAGGCAGAGGACUUUGUGUGUGACUACCACUUGGAGAUGCUUAGCCUGUCUCAGGACCAGCAGAACCCCUCCUGCAUUCAGUUCGAUGACUCCAACUGGCAGCUCCAUCUCACCUCCCUCAAGCCCCUGGGCCUCAACGUGCUGCUGAACCUGUGUAACCCUAGUGUCACCGAGCGGCUGUGCCGGUUCUCAGACCACCUGUGCAACAUCGCCCUGCAGGAGAGCCACAGCGCUGUACUCCCCGUGCAUGUGCCCUGGGGCCUCUGCGAGCUCGCCCGCCUCAUUGGCUUUACUCCUGGGGCCAAGGAACUCUUCAAGCAGGAGAACCACCUUGCACUCUACCGCCUCCCCAGUGCUGAGAUGGUGAAGGAAACCUCACUGGGAAGGCUCUCCUGUGUUACCAAGCGGCGCCCGCCUCUCAGCCAUAUGAUCAGCCUCUUUAUCAAGGACACCACCACCAGCACAGAACAGAUGCUGUCCCAUGGCACAGCUGAUGUGGUCUUGGAGGCCUGCACAGACUUCUGGGAUGGAGCCGACAUCUACCCUCUUUCGGGUUCUGACCGAAAGAAAGUGCUGGAUUUCUACCAGCGAGCCUGCCUGUCUGGUUACUGCUCUGCCUUUGCCUACAAGCCCAUGAGCUGUGCCCUGUCCUCUCAGCUCAAUGGCAAGUGCAUCGAGCUGGUGCAGGCGCCUGGCCAGAGCAGCAUCUUCACCAUGUGUGAGCUGCCCAGCACCAUCCCCAUCAAACUCGGCACCCGCCACAACAGCUGGAGUUCUGACGAAGGGAUCGGGGAGGUACUGGAGAAGGAAGACUGCAUGCAGGCCCUGAGCGGCCAGAUCUUCAUGGGCAUGGUGUCCUCCCAGUACCAGGCCCGGCUGGAUGUUGUGCGCCUCAUUGAUGGGCUGGUCAAUGCCUGCAUCCGCUUCGUGUACUUCUCUUUGGAAGAUGAACUCAAAAGCAAGGUGUUUGCAGAAAAGAUGGGCCUGGAGACAGGCUGGAACUGCCACAUCUCCCUUACGCCCAAUGGUGACAUGCCUGACUCUGAGAUCCCCCCCUCCAGCCCCAGCCACGCUGGCUCCCUGCAUGAUGACCUGAAUCAGGUGUCCCGAGAUGAUGCAGAAGGGCUCCUUCUGAUGGAGGAGGAGGGUCACUCGGAUCUCAUCAGCUUCCAACCUACAGACAGUGACCUCCCCAGUUUCCUGGAGGACUGCAACCGGGCCAAGCUGCCCCGGGGCAUCUACCAGGUGCGGCCCCACCUGCAGAACAUUGACAAUGUGCCUCUGCUGGUACCCCUCUUCACCGACUGUACCCCUGAGACCAUGUGCGAGAUGAUCAAGAUCAUGCAGGAGUAUGGGGAGGUGACCUGCUGCCUGGGCAGCUCUGCAAACUUGCGGAACAGCUGCCUUUUCCUUCAGAGUGACAUCAGCAUUGCUCUGGAUCCUCUGUACCCAUCCCGCUGCUCCUGGGAGACGUUUGGCUACGCCACCAGCACCAGCAUGGCCCAGGCCUCUGACGGCCUUUCUCCCCUGCGGCUCUCCGGGCAGCUCAACAGUCUGCCCUGCUCCCUGGCCUUCCGCCAGGAGGAGACCAUCAGCAUCAUCCGGCUUAUCGAGCAGGCCCGGCACGCCACCUACGGCGUCCGCAAGUGCUUCCUCUUCCUGCUGCAGUGCCAGCUGACUCUCGUGGUCAUCCAGUUCCUCUCCUGCCUAGUCCAGCUGCCACCACUGCUGAGCACCACCGAUAUCCUGUGGCUGUCCUGUUUUUGCUACCCUCUGCUCAGCAUGUCUCUGCUGGGGAAGCCCCCCCAUAGCUCCAUCAUGUCUAUGGCCACGGGGAAGAACCUUCAGUCCAUCCCCAGGAAGACCCAGCACUACUUCCUGCUCUGCUUCUUGCUCAAAUUCAGCCUGACCGUCAGCUCUUGCCUUGUGUGCUUCGGCUUCACGCUGCAGAGCUUCUGCGACAGCUCCCGGGCCCGCAACCUCACCAACUGCUCCUCCAUCAUGCUGCGCAGCCACGCUGACGCUGCUCCAGCCUGGUUUGAAGACUUUGCCAAUGGGCUGCUGUCGGCUCAGAAGCUCGCUGCCGCCCUGACCAUCCUGCACACGGUCUUCAUUUCCAUCACCCACGUGCAUCGCACCAAGCCUCUGUGGAGAAAGAGCCCCUUGACGAACCGCUGGUGGGCUGUAACCGUGCCUGUGGUGCUGCUGGGGCAGGUGGUCCAGACGGUGGUGGACCUGCAGCUGUGGACGCACAGGGAUAGCCAUGUCCACUUUGGCCUGGAGGAUGUACCUCUGCUCACGUGGCUUCUGGGAUGCCUUUCCCUGGUCCUUGUGGUGGUCACCAAUGAGAUCGUGAAGCUGCAUGAGAUUCGAGUCCGGGUACGCUACCAGAAGCGACAGAAGCUGCAGUUUGAAACUAAGCUGGGCAUGAACUCUCCCUUCUGAGCUGUUGGUCACAGAGGCUGUCAUUGCCCUGGUCCCUGGAGCUAAAGCCAGACCCAUUGCUGAAUCUGGGCAGUUGGUAUCAUGAAUGUUUCAGGGCUUGCCCUUGUGCUCUGUGGCACUGGGGGCCCAGCUCCCAGUGUCAAACCCAGCUGUUGUGAAUCCCUUGUCUUCCUAUAGAGGAGCUGAGAGCUGUGGCCUUAGCAUCAGGGCAGUCCUGGUUUUGAAUGUAUGACCUCAUGUGCUUAGUGAGGGGCCCUUGGUCCCCUCCCUAUACCUGUGGGCUGCCCUCCUUCAGGGUCCCAUAACCCAGUGACCUCUGCUCUUGUGUCUCCUGUCAGCCAUGAACCUGUGGGGCCAGGGUUCAGCCUUUUUUGGAAGAGCAGGGGCAGCAGCGGUGGGAGGUCUGGACAGCCAAGGUUGCUGUUAGUGAAGGCAGAGGUAGCCGCUCUUCCUCCCUAUGCCCACCGCAUCCUGUCUUCCUGGGGCGAGGGCCUGGGUGUGGCCAAGGACUUUCCCUCCCUCCCUCUUUGGGGAGCCUCCCACUCAGACCCGAAGACAAAGAGCCCUGGCCUUGCUCUGGCACCUAUCUGUGUGCCUGUCAAGCUGGCCUAGGGAGUCAGUCUUGGGGACAUGGCCCAGGGCAACAUUUAGCCCCCUGCCCUAGCUCUGUGAGAAUGUUUUUACUGGUGUAUAUUUUUUACUGGAAAUGAGCCUUUUAGGAAUGAAUGUAGACUGGUUUGUAUUAAAACUUACAAAUUGCUUAA